AUGCUAAUUUGGAGGAAGUUGUCGGUAUUCAUUUCUGCUCUUGAUCAAACAAUUGUGGCAACAGCAGUCCCUACUAUCGUCUCUGACCUAGGCACUGCAAACGGCUAUGCUUGGAUCGCUGGAGCGUAUUCCUUGGCAAAUGCUGCUUCAGGUCCUCUCUGGAUGAAGCUUUCUGAUAUAUGGGGACGUAAGCCCAUUAUACUUACUGCCUCUGCACUGUUCUUUGGAAGCUCUAUCAUUGCUGCCAAGAGUACCAGCAUGAAAAUGUUGAUUGUGGGACGAAGCUUGCAGGGAACUGCGGGUGGAGGACUUUACCCCCUAGCCACGAUCAUCAUUAGCGAUAUCUUUAGUAUGCGUGAACGGAGCUUAUUCAUGGGCCUUGCAGCAUUUAUGUACACUUUAGCUGGAUCUACUGGCCCUAUUCUGGGUGGUACAUUCACCCAGACCUUGGGUUGGAGGUGGUGCUUCUGGAUUAAUUUACCUAUUUCUGGAUCCGCUUUUCUCCUUAUCCUUGGAUUUGUGGAUGUUCACAAUCCCAGAACAAAAUUUCGCGACGGGAUCAAAGCUGUCGAUUGGUUUGGAAGCUUGUCCAUCCUAGGAGUAACGUUGAUGUUGCUUCUCGGACUUCAAUUUGGAGGGGCAGCAUUUCCUUGGAAAUCACCCCAGGUUAUUUGUCUGAUCGUAUUUGGGUCUUUGAUGAUAAUUCUCUUUAUCAUUAGUGAGAAGAAGCUGGCUAAUUAUCCGGUCAUGCCUCUUGGAACUUUUCGAGACUUAUCGAACGUUGCUUGCAUAGCGCUCGGAUUUUUCCAUGGGUUUGUCGCCGUUGCCAUAGAAUAUUAUCCUCCGCUAUACUUCCAAGCAGUGUUGGGUGCCUCACCAUUACACUCUGGAAUUUUCAGCUUGCCAUUGAUUGUGACUGAAUCACUCAUGGGGAUUUCUGCUGGAAUCUUUAUCCACCGUACUGGACGCUAUCUUGAACUGAUUCGUAUAGGUCCCGUCAUCAUGAGCAUUGGCGUGGGGCUAUACAUCCUUUUCUCAACCACGACUUCAACCAAAGAGGUCAUUGGAUUCCAGAUCUUGACCGGAAUUGGUGCCGGAUUGCUGUUCGAGCCUCCUCGCUUGGCACUCCAGGCUUCCGUUUCUCAGCAGAAUGUUGCUACUGUUUCGUCGACUUUUGAAUUCGCACGAGGCCUUGCGGGUACUAUGUCAAUAGUCAUCGGAGGCGUUAUCUUCCAGAACUCUAUGAACCUUCGAGUCCGCGCUUUGAGUAUGCCACCUCUAAGCCUACCAUCGAACAUAACCGACCUGUUAUCCAAGGGCCAAGCAGCUGCGCAUGUCAUCGAAGUAAACUUAAUUCAAGACUCAGUGCAAAAAAUGGCUGUCAAAGAAGCUUUUGCGUGGAGUUUGAGAAACAUGUGGAUCAUGUAUACUAGCAUUUCCGUGUUGUGUAUUCUGGCCACUAUCUUCAUGAAGAAGCAAGUAUUAGGCACGGAGCAUGUUGAGACGAAGACUGGAAUUGCCGUCCCGAAUCCUUGA